CUCAACCCUCACCUCCUCCAUCACAGCCCUGCCCAGCCCAGCCUCCCGGCCCAAGCAGCAUAUAUGAACCAGUCCUGGAUCCUGCCCUGAGGUCAGACACAAGCAGUGAUCACAGCUGCACACAAUCCCAUUGCUCUAUCCCCGAUUUUAAACAGUUACAAAGGAGGUCCUACAAAAAACUCACAGGAGGCGAGAUGAAGCUUCUGACAGCCGCCCUCACCAUCAUUUGUCUUACAACAGCCUCAGCUAGGCCGAACCGUUGGGGCAUGCAUCAUCGUGAUGCCAACAUCGCUCUCAGUGGCAUCAAACAGAAAUGGCCGGAUUUGAACAGGUUUCGGCAGUCCAGUGAAUCCAGCUACUCUUCCUCUGACUCCUCUGACUCCUCAGAGUCAUCUGAAUCUAGUGAAUCUUCAGAGAGUCGAUCUUCUGAGGAAUCAUCAGAGGAAGUCACCGUUCAGACCACCCCACCUGCGACAACUGUUGCCAUGACAACUGCUGCCGUGACCACCCCUGCCAUUACAAAUGUCACUAUGGAAGAGAGGAAUACGCUCACCCCUGAACCAGACCCGGUGGUCACAGACAAGCCGAUUGUUACAGAGACCACGCCUGCCAUUACAAAUGUCACUAUGGAAGGGAGGAAUACGCUCACCCCUGAACCAGACCCGGUGGUCACAGACAAGCCGAUUGUUACAGAGACCACGCCUAUUACCGCGUCAACCAGCGAUGUGCCUCACUGUGUUACCGAGGAGAUUCUAACACCACCUCCUGUCACAGACAACCGAGGAGACAACUAACAAACUGCCAUUCCUGUUAACCAACUGCAAUUUUACAUCUUACUGUAAUUGUUAAAUAUCAGUGGGCUGAAUAGGGCUUUAUCAUCUUGGGAAGCAAAGGUUAACAUCUAUGUAAAGAUACUCAGUAAGGCUGGAUUGAAUCCAGGAAAUAGGGUGGUAAACUUUUGUAAAAGAUAAUCUCAUAGCUAAAUCACAAGUUUUGACAUCUGAUUAUUUUGGAAGUUUAAAUUUCUUGAAAUCUAUUUUUGCUUAAAUAUAGUACAUUACUAAAUACUGUGUUUUACAAUAAACAUUGUUCAGUUUUUAAGAAAACAUUAUUGUAAUUGAAAUGCACAUUCAGAUUCAUGAUGAGAUUAUAUUGAUUGCUUUUUGUUGUUUGUUUUGUUGUUUUAACCAUCAAAUGGUGAUGCUGCACUUAGAUAUGGAAGCAGUAACACAGAUAAAUUAUUGGCUCAGUCAUGUUUCCUGUAAAUUUAUCCCAGUGUGCCAAAACCGUUAAUGUUAGCAUUUAAUAAAGUUUAAAGUAUUGAUUUUGA